AAAAAAAAUUAUGACAAUAAUUUCAAAGAGUGUUGAUGAGAAGGUGGAAUUUCCAAGUGAAACCUUUGCAAAUCUUGAACAAGAAGAAGUUGAUAUUGAUGUGGAUGAUAGUUUGAGUUCGAUCACUUUCAAAACCGAAACUGUUUUGUUAUCCGAAAGUGGAUUGGAGAACUGGAGACAAUCUGAAAGUAUUCUUGACAGAACUGUUGAAGAAGAUGUUGAUCAAGAAGAAGAAGAGCAAAAUGAAGAUAUUGCCAAAGGUCAAGUUGUUGAACAAGACGAAACUAAACCAAAAGGUGAUGAACAUGCUGACGAAAGAUCAACCAAAUCCUAUUCGAAAUAUGUCACUGCUUCUCAAACCAUUGCUGUCGUUGCCUUGAUUGCAAUUCUAAUUGGUGUCCUCUUUAUUCAAUACGAUACCAUCAAAGCACUAUUCGAAACUAAGGAGAAACCAACUCCUUGGAAGAUUCCUCUCCUCCUUCAUCAAUCUACUCACAAUCUUUACGAUGGAAAACAAAAUCUUCAAGUCAAAGUCUUCAUUCCAAUUAACAACACACUCGAAAAUGAUUUCUAUUUUGGUGUUAAAGUGGAAGAUUCCAAAUAUGUCAAAAUGUAUAAUUUCUCAACAUUUGAACUCAAGCACAAUUCAAGUCAUCCAUGUUUUCAAGAUUAUCUUGUUAUUGAAAAUGUUAAUUAUGAUCCAAAUAAGGAGUUUAUGGUCAAUUAUACCAUGCCUAUUCGAACUGAGAAGAAUUGUUUCGAACAUAAUUUUACGAGACUCCCAAAUGAAUUCUCCUUCCAAGUUAAGGUAAAGGAUAUUGAUGGAAAUUCCCACUUCUUUACAUUCAAUCAGACCAUUAGAGCUAAUUUCUUUAUGGGAAAGUUUGAAAAGAUUUUAACAAAUUUGAAUGGAAAAAUUGUCAAGUUUUUGAGUAUUGGAAAAAGUGGAAGUGCAAAAUCGACUGGAAUUGUUGAAUUAUUCUUUUUCAGGGAUAUUUCUAACACUCCUGAGCUUCCUAUUGAUCUACCUUCAAAAAUGGUUCCAAGUCAUGUGACUCUCAAUGUGUCAGAAUAUAACAUGUCAUUUGUCCCAGCUCACAAACAGUAUUAUCAAUUUCCAUUGCCUAUUAUUGGUGUAGAUCCUAUGGGUUUUCUUAAUGUUACUGAUUUUGACAAGUUUUUGAUUACUGGCAGAUUGCCACUUCAUGUUGACCUCGUUUCCAAAUGUAAAAACAAAAAAGAUUGUCUAAAACGUUAUGCAAACAAACCAAUUAACAUGCCAGAUGUCAUUCUCUAUUACAUUUAUCCAGAUCAAGUCGAAUCACAAGCUAUAGAAAUCAAUCAACGUCUUCAACUAAUUGCCGAUCAUGGAAUCACAUGUAUCUUAAUGUUUCCAUCUGGUAAUUUCGACUCAGAAGUUGACCUUUCAUUCAUUAAUGGCAGAUUCGCAAACAAAUUCUUCCUUUACGAUUUCUAUAGAAGAGAUGAUCCAGGUUCUGCUAAUAAUCCAAAUAUUUAUAAGCGAAAUGCUGAUUUGUUAAUGAGAAUGUUGGAGAUUGCGAAUGGAAAGAGAGUUAGUGAGCAGAGGGAAAAUUAAAGAACUAAACGGAAACUAUUCUUCAUCUCUUAAACACAAUCUUGGAUAUUUACCUUAAUAAACAAAACAUUGUAAC